AUGUCCGCCGACCACCUAAUAGACGACCACGAACAAUAUGCAUCCUCAGAAGAUUCCGACUUCGCCCCCGACGGCCUCGAUGCCGCCGACCGUGAAUCUAUAGACUCCGAUUCCGACGCCGAAGGCGACCGGGCAGCCGCGAAAAAGCGCAAAAGGGACGCCGCGGAAAAUGUCGCAGAAGACGUAGACCUAGACAACUCAGGCGACGAGACUGUGAUCAAGAAGGGCGAGAAGCGGCGGAAGAAGAAGAAGGAGGGGGGAAAGGCUGAGAAUGUCGAGGAUGGUGACGAGGGUAUCGUGAUAAAGACGCGUAGUAUGCGCGCUGCCGAAAAAGCGGAACGAAAGUUUGCCGCGAGCACCGGCCCCGUCACAAUCGACGUCGACGCACUAUGGGAGCAGAUGAAAUCCGGCUCCAGCAUCGCGCCCGCCCCCCCGCAAGCCGAAUCUACAUACAAAGAUGGCGCAGCCACCCAGAGUGUCCCCGGUCCAGAUACCGCAGGCGACGCAAGCGCGAACCUCACAACCGAUGCGUCUCUCGACCCUCCCGACAUGAUCCGCAUCAAGCGGAAAUACAACUUCGCCGGCCGAGUCCACACUGAAGAGAAACUCGUCCCCCGCGAUUCGGCCGAAGCAAAGCUCUAUCUCGAGUCGCAAGCCGGAGCACCGUUACCCGACGAUGACCCUUCGGCGCCUACAAGAAAAGUACCUCGGAAGGCCUUCCGUUCUGCCUUCGAGCCGGUUCUCGAACCCUUACAGCGGCGGGGCGAUCUCAACCUCGGCGUGUCGGCGAGGCUUGAGGCCAGGGACGCACGCGCCAAGAAACUCAAUACUGUCGAGAAGAGCAGGAUGGACUGGGCUGGGUUCGUGGAUAAGGAGGGCAUCAAGGAUGAGCUGGAGCUGGCGGGCAGGUCGAAGGGCUCGUAUGCCGAGAGGCAAGAUUUCUUGGCGAGGAGCGAGGCCAGGAGAGAAGAGGACGCGAGAAGAGCGAGAGUUACUGCAAGGUGA